UGACCAAAGGAGACAGUUAAAAUUAAAGCAAGAUAAAUUUUCAAUACAUAUUUUCAGUGAAAACUCAUUUAUUUGAUUUUCCAUAGAUAUGUUUUAAAUGGAUUGUACGACGGUCACAUAUGUGCAUCUGUUUUAUUGUAACAAACCAACCAAUAUUUUUCACCGUUAAUCAAACGUGUCCAGGGCCAAAUACAUUUACAGCACUUAGCAACUGAACUGCAUAAUUUCUAGACAGUUAAAAGAGUAUUUUUCUUUAACCUAAAAUCUGAAUUACGUUUGUCGAUUUGUCCAGAAUGUCCACUCCUGCUGGUUUCGUUAUCUGUGGUCAGGACGCGGUAUAAAUUUUAUGUUAAUUUUGGAUGAUGUUUGUAGUCUGUACCAUCUUCUCACCUACAACAAUAUGUCGAUACAUGAAUUCUGAGGUCUGUAGUCUGUGCUUGUAAAUUGUUAUCAAAAUAUGUCGCGAUUUGUAACCAAGUUAGUUUGUUUUUAUUAUUUAUUAAAAUUGAUGUGAUAAUAAUAAUUUAUUUCACACAAAAGUGUUUUAAUAUGGAGUUAAAAUAUAGUUUUAAACUGCGAUUGUAUAUGGAAGUGAUUAGAAGUUAGAUUAACAUCAGCCAUAAAAAUGAACAUACAAUGUUUUAUAGUCAUUAUCGGCGUUUCUAGAGUGCUUUCGCAAAAUGAAGAUUGCACUACAAAUAGCAGCCGAUGUGACUAUAAGUUAAGUAUAAAGCAGUUGUCUCAUACUCUAGCUACUAAGUUAACAGAAUAUACUGUCAAAGAAUUAGGAAGCGAGUAUACAUCGCAUUUAGAAGUACGAACUGCAUACAAAUUGAACUAUGAUACAACAGCAUUGCUCUCCAACAUAGUAGAGAAACUUAACUACAAACUUUCUUCAGCAGUGAAUAUACUUUUGGAUAUGAAGGAAUCUCUUGAUCUCAAUAAUACACUUACUUUUACUCAUCCAUGUCCCUUUAAUUCUAUAAGAAAAUCAGUUUUUGUCAAGCCAAGUUAUGUUUCUAAAGAUCCCCAGAUUAAUAUGCUUGAACGCUUUAAAGAUUUGAAGAUAAAAAGACAAUACUUUUUAGCACACAUUGAUUAUGCAACAGACAAAGAUUGUACAAAUAUACCCCAUUCUAAUCUACGGUAUUUAUACCAUAAAGUUUUUCAUGGAAGCCCUAAAUUGGUUGUUUUCAUUAUUGAUAACAAUAUGAGAAUGGAAUCAUUACAACAUGCUAUUAAUAUUGCAAAAGAAACUGUAUAUGCUUUGCAAUCUAUAGAUAUGAUUGCUUUAAAGAUUACUAAUAUGACAAGCUUUAUCAAGUUUGAAGAUAUCUGCAGUAAUGAUGAUGUGUCCAAUAUUGGUAAUGCUACAGAGAGUAACAAAUUACUGUUCCGUGAAUAUUUGUCAACAAUAGAUUUUUCAUCCACAAGUCUUCCCCCUCAAACAAUUGGUAGAGAAUUAAGAACACUGUUGAAUGGAACACAUUUACCAGAAAACAAAUUAUUAAUUUUUCUGACAGAUACAAAAGUAAUGGAUAAUGAUAUAUGGUUAAAGAUAUUCCCACAUUCAACAAAUGAAAAAGUAAAGUUUGCUAUUGGUUUACUGUAUGAAAACUACAUUGAUAAAAAUUGUUCUUUGGGUAUCUUACACUUUGACAAGUGGCACAAUCAUUCUAAUAAUCAUUCUGUUAUGAAAAUGCAUAUCAAUGACAGUGGUGUGAUUGGCCAAGUAGCUUCUGCAUUUAUAUCACUGCUGCCUAAUAAGUAUGACCAGAAUCUAAAAGUAGAAUUACCUAUUUGGGAAGCAACAGAAAGGGAUUUUAUUGUUUCUAUGGUUAUUCCAACAUCAAGCGGCAUCCUUGGUUUGGAUUUAUACUGGUCUGACCUCGCUGAAGAUAUAAUUUAUUUUAAAGGAAACAUUCAAAGGCGAGCAUUUGUCAUGGAUUUUUCAGGUAAAAUUCUUAUGCAUACAUACUUUCCAAGACCUGAGGCCAUUUCUGAAAAAAUUAAAUUUACAACUUUGGAUAAAAUUGAAACCUCUCCAUUUAUUGAAAAUAUUAUGCAAGAAAUGCUUUUAAACAGUUCAGGGAAUAUGACUGUAAUUAAGAAUAAUACAACAAGUAAAAUCACUUAUUCAUGGAAAUGGGUAAGACAACUCUAUAUUGUUUGUAUUGUUUUUGAGGAAUCAAAUUCUACAAUAUUUAAUAUGUCAAAUUCCUUUCUUACAAGAACAAAUAAAGAGAUUCUUUUUCAUAGAAUAGAUUUAUUUCCUCCUAGGACUGGUAGGAUUUGUAGACAUUUUAAACAAAUAUCAACUAUUGAACAGGGUACUGUGUACUUAAGUCCUUCUAGUUUUCAAUCACCAUUUACUUAUCUGUAUGAUAUGAGCGAUGGUCAAGAGGCUAUAACAUAUAUGCAGAAUUACUUAGCUUAUCUAAGAAGUGUUGCUCAUGGUUUGUUAUCAAAUCCUGGUCUGAAAAGUGAAAUACAACAUGAUGUCGGCUUUUUAAAUUCUAUAUUAUCUUUCUAUAAGAGACAACACUUGCAUGGCAGCCUUUCCAAAUAUGUAGUCAGGAGGUAUGCAGUUACAGAUAGUGGAGUCCUUGUAAUGUUUCCUGGGACUGUGUUAGAAUAUGAUUAUGAACCAGUGAGAAGACCCUGGUACACACAUGCUAUAGAAAAUCCUGGAAAAAUCAUAUUAACUUCUCCUAAUUUGGAUGUUGGUGGUGCAGGAUACAUUGUUACAAUUUCGUUUUCCAUUAAGAGUCCCAGUUAUCCUGCUAUGGUAGUAGCAAUGGAUGUUACUAUGGGAUUUUUAUACAAACUUCUGAUAGAUAGUUCACCUCUAUGUUCCAUGUCAUAUAACAAAUGUUUUAUCAUGAAUAAUAGGGGUUAUUUAGUGUCCCAUCCUGGUCUAAUGGAUCCAAAUAGUUCAGGCCCAAUUGAGCAACAACAUAUAACACAUAAAGAAUCUAUGAUUGCAAUUGAUAUGUUGAAUCACAAAGGGUUUGUUACUAAAAGGUUAUGCAACAAUUUCUAUGAUAAAACAAUUCAAAGGUACUAUGAUUUCAACACAUCCUUGUCCUCUGUCCUAUCAAAUGUUGUGUCUACUGAUCAUUGUGUACACUAUUACAUAACUGCUAUACCAGGUACUAACGCAUUCAUUGGCCUCAUUAAUGCAUCAUGCAGUGUUGGCGCUUUUUGCCCUUGUAGUAUGGUAGAUCGUCUUUGUUUAAAUUGUAAUCGUAUGGAACAAACGGAAUGCGAAUGCCCCUGCGAGUGUAGCUCUGAACAGUUUGAAUGUCCCAAUUCAAACGCUUCAAAUUUUAUCCAUGAUGUGCCGCUGUGCGGUAUUACUCCCGAAAGUAAUAAUCAUAAAUCCCACUAUUUCCACAAUGUAGCUGAAAAUCUUAAGUCAUGCUUUGAUUUUCAAUGUGAGGCAUAUCUCACGCAUUCCGCUUGUCUGGGUGUAUUAGGCUGCGAAUGGUGUCAAAUUGAUGCCGAUGGGCGAUCCCCUUUGACAACUCCUUUCUGUACGUCACAGUCUACAUGCUUUAAUGGUGUGUUGGGUGCUGUGACUCCAUAUGGAGAGGGUACCUUUGGUCAUAUAAAUAAAGAUGCAUUUGCUAGUUAUUCAGCCAUAGGUCCCAUAGCAGGGUUUAUUGUAACAGUUAGUUUGAUAAUAGCUGUAGCCACAUACUGUUAUAAACAGAAUACCUCUUCUGCGAGCUGUCACAAUUUAUACGUUGACGGUCCUGCUGAAACAUGGCAUGAUGCUGAUGUGCAGAUGGGUCAUUUACAAAGUGAUGAUAGGCACGAUUCUUCUGGACAAGACAAGCUAUUACCAGCUUUGGAAAUUGAAGCGCCAAUAUCUCCCUACCGUGUGAUAACGGGAUAUAGACGGCCACACACAGCUGGGGGCUCAGAUCAAGGUUACUCUACAAUGACACCUCAUGAGGAUUCAGAAGCAACUGGGUUUUCUGUAAAUGAUCCAACCGUACUCUCAGACGAUACAAAGUCUGAUGCUAGUUUUCCUCCUCCGGCUAGGGUUAAACCACGACUUAUGCAGACAGAUUUAACCAUGACUGUAUUACCAUGUGGAAAGAAUAGCGUUAUAGCCCCUGUGACCGUCCAUAGAAACAUGGAAGCUUCUUAGAAACUAAAAAUCUACCUCGUUUGUAUAUAUACGGUUUGUUAGUUUUACUUAGUUAAGCUUAUUUUCAUUGUGAUAAUAUUAAUAUGUUCGCCAAUUAGUAAUAGUUAGUAUAAGUUUUAGUUUUUUUUAACUGAUUGACAUUGUUUUCCUAUAUGAAAUCCUAUUAAUUAAUUUUGGUGCUGUAUAAAUGAAAUACAUAGAUUUAAUUUUAUACACAUUUGUCGUCAUUAGACAAGUUUGCCAACUGAGUUUAACUAAUAAUAAUUAGCGUAUGAUAAUGUAUGUUAGAUUGCCAUAAACGUUUUCGUUAUUUUUUUUAACAAAUCAUGUAAUUCAUGUGCAGAUAUCCAAUGGUAUGGAAAUGAAUGUUAUAUCCAGUUCAAUUAUUUUUAUAUGAAGUAUUAGGUAUAACUUAGAAUUAGUUUUAAUUGUGCAAUUUUGACGGCUAAUAACUAUUUUUUAUAAAUUUGUACUUAAAUAUAAGAUUUGUAAAUUAAAUAUGUAUUCAUGAAUGUAUAAGUAACGCAUCUUACAGGAAUAAAUAUUCCUAACAUACAAUAAUUUUUUAAAUUGUAAAAUCGAGCAUAUUUUGCAGCUGUACUUAGACAACAUAUUUAUGUUAAUCGGCAAUUAAUGUUUACAUUAAUUACUAUAUAAUAUAUAUACCUUGUAAAUUCUUUCAUAAAUAACACCUUAAUCAUACAUCACAAUAUGUGUACUGAUUGAACAAAAUAUGUAUGCGUAAAAUUAUAACUGGUAACUGUAACAUAUUUUACAAUAUUUUCCUUUAUAUUAUGAAUGUUUGAAGUAAUAUUGUAAUCGAAAUCAAUGUGCCAGUGCCUCCUGUAUAAGCUGAAUGUAUAUUAAGACUGAAUUUGAUGUUGCAUUUACAUUGUAAUAAACUUUUUUUGUAA